UGAAGAAUGAGGGGAGACCAUGAUUGAGAAGAGAGGCAGCAAAGUAUGCCAGUUAGUAGAGGUAAAAAUUCCUCAUCACUCAUCACUACAUCUUCAAUAAAGAAACAUGAUUUUGGACUGGCGUGAAUCCUGUAACAAGUGGGUGGAGAAUAUGGUGGAGGAGAAACCGGGGAUCAGUACUUCCGUGUGCAACUUCUAUAGUGCCUACAUCAGAGACAACCCUUUCAGUUGUGUGGACAAAAGACAGUUUGCGAAGGUGUUGUAUUCAAAGUUUCCCUCCAAGAAGCGCCGACAGACUGAACGGGGCGGCACCAUCGUAUACCAAGGUCUUGACAUCAAAACUUCUCUGAGACCCUCUCGAUGCCCCACUGAGGAUGGCCCUAAAAUACUGCCAGACUCUCCAUUUUCUCUGCUUAGGCACUCUAAACAGAGAGCUGCAGAGUGUAGUGAUGAUGCAAAACAGGAAAUAUGUAUAGAUGUGCCUUCAAGGACACUAAGAAGUAAAAAAGUUGGAACCACAUUAGUGUCAAACUUAGAAAAUGUACGUGUGCCAGUCCUUAAUAUAGAAGAACCAGGAACUGCUCGUCCCAAAUUUCUGAGACCUAAACCGAAGAGGAGAAAAUUGAUAGAUAGCAUUGGCCUGAGUGACAAAGAAAAAGAUUUAUUAAACACUGACUCAAAUGGUAACUCUACACUUCUGGUGAAAGACAAAAGAGAAGAGAAUGAAGUCAUAGAAGAGAGUCUACUGAAAUUGGACUACUGCACCUCACGCCCUCUCUUACCCCAGUUACUUGAAUUAAAUGAGAAUCACAGCAAGAGUGAUGUUCAACCAAAGCAGCAAUCUGAAAUUUCACCCACUAGUAGCUCUUCAGCCAAGCAUCAAUCUGAAAUUUCACCCACUAGUAACUCUAAGGCCAAGGAAUGGAUCAACAAAAAGAUGGUCAUGGCUCAUCAAUGGGUGGAUUAAAAAACCUG